CGCGUCUGUGCGUGUGACAGGGCCGGUGUGCGCCCGCGAAGACCUGGUGCGUGGCCUCCGCGUGAACCUGGGUUAUUAAUAUUUGAGGGCGCAUUGCCCCCUUUUUUUUGUUUGCAUGACGGUAGGGUUCUGUUUUGCAUCUGCCGGAUAGAAUCACACUAGCUGAUUAUGUAAAGGAGUAAAAGACUCUUCAAUUCUUAGUUUAAUAAAGGAAGCUGUAGACGUCAUACCGUGUGCAUGCAGCCGGAAGAAACGGGAGUACCAGUAAGCCUCUUCUUUUCGAAAAAACCUUCUCUGGAAUUUUUAGAGUUUGAACUUCUCUGGUAGAGGAACGUCAAAGAAGACUGAUCAGUUCUUACUUUCUAAAAGGAUGGCCCACUUUCAGGGAUCAGUGACCUUCAGGGAUGUGGCCAUAGCCUUCUCUCAGGAGGAGUGGGAGAGUCUGGAUUCUACUCAGAAGGACUUGUACAGAGAUGUGAUGUUAGAGAACUAUAGGAACUUGGUAUCAAUGGCAGGACAUUCUCUCCCUAAACCACAUGUGAUUACCUUAUUGGAACAAUGGAAAGAUCCUUGGAUGACAGUGAGGAGGGGUCAAAGAAGACAGUCUACAGACUUGCAUUUGAAGGAUGAGAUAAUCAGCUUUGAGGAAAUGCCUACUUCUGAAAAAUGUACAUCUUUUGCUCUACAUCAGAAAGUUCUUAAUCAAGAGAAACCAUGUGAAUGUCAGGAAUGUGGGAAGGCUUGUUGUCAAGGCUCAAAGUCUGUUCAGCAUGACAGAAUACAUACCAGUGGAAAACCCUGCAAAUGUAAAGAAUGUGGGAAUAACUUUAGUAAUGGACAUCAACUCACUGUACAUCAGAGAUUGCAUACGGGUGAGAAACCCUAUAAAUGUAAGGAAUGUGGGAAGGGCUUUAGUGCCUAUUCAUACCUUGUUCAACAUCAGAGAAUUCACAUUGUUGAGAAACCCUAUGAAUGUCAGGAAUGUGGGAAAGCUUUUAUAGUGUAUGGAAAACUUAUCCGGCAUCAGAGUACUCACACUGGUGAAAAACCUUUUGUAUGUAAGGAAUGUGGGAAAGCCUUUAGUGCCUUUUCAUACCUUGUUCAACAUCAGCGAAUCCAUACUGGUGAAAAACCCUAUGAAUGUAAAGAAUGUGGGAAGGCCUUUAGUACUAGUUCACCCCUUGUUAAACAUCAGAGAAUUCAUACUGGUGAGAAACCCUAUGAGUGUAAGGAAUGUGGGAAGGCCUUUACUGUGUAUGGACAACUUACUAGACAUCAGAGUAUUCACACUGGUGAGAAACCCUUUGAAUGUCAGGAAUGUGGCAAGGCCUUUAGACUUAGUUCAUUUCUUAAUGCACAUCAGCGGAUCCAUGCAGGGGUAAAGCCCCAUGAAUGUAAGGAAUGUGGGAAAGCCUUCAGUCGUGCUUCCUACCUUGUUCAACAUGAAAGACUUCAUACUGGUGAGAAACCCUAUGAGUGUAAGGAAUGUGGCAAGGCCUUUAGUACUGGCUCGUACCUUGUUCAGCACCAGAGAAUUCAUACUGGUGAGAAACCCUAUGACUGUCAAGAAUGUGGCAAGGCCUUUGUUAGUCGCCAUCAACUUACUGUACAUCAAAGGGUUCAUACCGGAGAAAAACCCUAUGAGUGUAAGGAAUGUGGCAAGGCCUUUAGAGUACAUGUACAUCUUACACAGCAUCAAAAAAUUCACAUUGAUGUGAAGCCCUAUGAAUGUAAGGAAUGUGGAAAGACUUUUAGUCGGGGCUCAUACCUCGUACAACAUGUGAGAAUUCAUACUGGUGAGAAGCCCUAUGACUGUAAGGAAUGUGGGAAGGCUUUUAGUUCUGGCUCUUACCUUGUUCAACAUCAAAGAAUUCAUACUGGUGAGAAACCCUAUGAAUGUAACAAAUGUGGGAAAGCCUUUACUGUUUAUGGACAACUUAUUGGACAUCAGAGUGUUCAUACUGGUGAGAAGCCCUUUGAAUGUAAGGAAUGUGGGAAAGCCUUUAGGCUUAAUUCAUUCCUUACUGAACAUCAGAGGGUACACACUGGCGAGAAACCCUUUAAAUGUAAAAAAUGUGGGAAGGCCUUUAGAUAUAGUUCAGCCCUUAAAGCACAUCAGAGAAAGCAUAUGGGUGUAAAAUCCUAAGAAUGUAAGGACUGUGGGAAGUCCUUUAUGUAUGGUUCAAACGUUGUUCACCAUCAGAAGAUUUAUGCUGGUAAAAAACUUUUGAAUGUAAAGAAUGUUAGGCCUUUAGAAAAUAUUCUCCUCUUUCUUAUAUUAGAGAAUUCAUAAUGUAAUUCAGAAAACAUAAGAAAGCCUUCAUUUGUCAUUUUUGUGUUUACAGUAUCAAUAUUCAUAUUGGUAGACAAUUCAGAAAAGGUGGGAAAUGUUACUUAAUGCUUAUAGCAUUGAUGGCAUGAAAUUUUAUAUGAUGUUUUCUAAUUUGGUUGAAUAAGUGAAUAAAAACCCUUCCUGAACUUUUUUUUAAAUCAUUUAAUUGUUUAUUUGCAAAUAUAUAUAUUAAACCUAAAAAUUUAGACAAUCAAGACAUUAGUAAUCCAUACGCAUGUAGA